AUGUCUCCAACAGUAGCGCAAAUCAUCGCGCCUUAUGAAUACAAACCCGAGCGCGUGGAGCGCAUAGCAUUCCGAACGGUGCAGCCUCCCAUUACCAUUCUCGAGCCAAACCCAGUCUGGCAUCAACGCUUCGAAGAAACCAAAGAGCGAAUUCAGAGCGCUCUCGGGGAAAUAAUCAUUGACAUCGCGCAUUCCGGCUCUACCAGUGUUCCAGGCCUACCAGCCAAAGACAUUAUAGAUAUUGACCUCUCUCUAAAGGACGCAGCGGACGAACAAUCAUACGUGAAGCUGCUCGAGGCAGCAGGGUUUCUAUUUCUUCUCCGUGAGCCUGGAUGGCAUCAACAUCGAUUCUUUGUGGAGGACUGGCCCGGCGCAUAUCAUGUUAAUCUCCACGUUUGGGGUCCCGACUCGCCAGAGGUUGUCCGGCAUCGUAUCUUUCGUGACUGGCUUUUUAAGAAUCCGGAGGAUCUUCAAUUAUAUGCGAAAGUGAAACGUGAAGCGGCUGAGCAAUCGGCUAUUGCUGGGGAUUCGAUGAUGGAUUAUACACAGCGGAAAGAUAAAACCAUUCAGGAUAUCCUUGGAAGAGCGUUCCGAGAUCUGGGUUACAUUCAGUGA